GUCCGCGCUCCCCGGCAGCACCGCGCCGGGCACAUGGAGGCUCCCCUGGAACCCGCGCCCGGGCGGGUAGGCCCGGAGAACACCUCGGAUCGCCGCGGGCUGCGCCGCCUGCUGUUUUCCGACUUCCGAGAGGAGCUGCGGGAGCUCCUGAUCCUGGCGGGCCCCGCGUUCUUGGCCCAGCUGAUGAUGUUCCUGAUCAGUUUCAUAAGCUCUGUGUUCUGCGGCCAUCUGGGCAAGCUGGAACUGGAUGCAGUCACACUUGCAAUUGCAGUUAUCAAUGUCACUGGCAUUUCAGUGGGACAUGGCUUAUCUUCUGCAUGUGACACCCUCAUCUCCCAGACAUACGGGAGCCAGAACUUGAAGCAUGUGGGGGUCAUCCUACAGAGGGGCAUGCUCAUUCUGCUCCUCUGCUGCUUUCCCUGCUGGGCGCUUUUCCUCAACACUGAGCACAUCUUGCUGCUYUUCAGGCAGGACCCGGAUGUGUCCAGGCUUACACAGACCUAUGUGAUGAUCUUCAUUCCAGCUCUUCCUGCAACCUUUCUUUAUAUCUUACAAGUUAAAUACUUGCUCAACCAGGGAAUUGUUCUGCCCCAGAUCCUGACGGGAGUUGCCGCUAACCUUGUCAAUGCCCUUGCCAACUACCUGUUUCUCCAUCAACUGCAUCUUGGGGUGAUGGGUUCUGCAUUGGCCAAUAUGAUUGCUCAGUUCACCCUGGCUCUCCUCCUCUUUCUCUACAUCCUUGGGAGGAAACUGCAUCAAGCUACAUGGGGAGGGUGGUCCCUGGAGUGCCUGCAGGACUGGGCCUCCUUCCUGCGCCUGGCGAUCCCAAGCAUGCUCAUGCUGUGCAUCGAGUGGUGGGCCUACGAGAUUGGGAGCUUCCUGAGUGGUAUCCUUGGCAUGGUGGAGCUGGGAGCUCAGUCCAUCGUGUACGAGCUAGCCGUCAUCGUGUACAUGAUCCCUGCGGGCUUCAGUGUGGCUGCCAACGUCCGGGUAGGAAAUGCUUUGGGUGCUGGCAACAUUGAGCAGGCAAAGAAGUCCUCUGUGGUUUCCCUGCUGGUCACAGAGCUCUUUGCUAUAACAUUUUGUGUCCUGCUGUUAAGCUGUAAGGACCUCGUGGGAUACAUUUUCACUACUGACCGAGACAUCGUUGCUCUGGUGGCUCAGGUGGUUCCAAUUUAUGCUGUGUCCCACCUCUUUGAAGGACUUGCUUGUACGAGUGGUGGCGUUCUGCGGGGAACUGGAAGUCAGAAGGUGGGAGCCAUUGUUAACGCCAUUGGGUAUUACGUGAUUGGUCUCCCCAUUGGGAUCUCACUGAUGUUUGYGGCCAAGCUUGGAGUGAUUGGUCUGUGGGCAGGGAUCAUCAUCUGUACUGUCGCUCAAGCUGUGUGCUUUAUAGUCUUUAUUGCUCGGCUCAACUGGAAACAAGCCUGUCAACAGGCUCAAGUACAUGCCAAUUUGAAGGUCAAUGUGGCCCCAGAUGAGAAUUCUGCUGUCCCUCAAGAUCCAGUUUACCCAGUGGGUCCUGAAAACCAUGGAGAAAUUUUAAUGAGAGAUGCUGGAAAAAAAGAUGAGACUCAGUUGGACCAGCAGAUGCCCCAAGAACAACCUUCACCUGUCCAUCCAAAGAACAAUGAUAAAUUGUCUGUGCCACAGUUGGUUCUACGGCGAGGACUCCUGCUCGUGGGCGUCAUUUUAAUCUUGCUAUUGGGGAUUUUAGUGAGAGUAUAUGUCAGAAUUCAGUGAUGUGCCAAGAGAGAGAUGGUCAGUCAGGUCAAGGGAUACAGAUGUUCCUCAACUUACAAUGGGGCUACCUCCUGACAAACCCAUUGUAAAUUGAAACUGUCACAAGCUGGGGCUGGGGUUGCAGCUCAGUAAUAGAACUCAUGCUUAGCUUGAGGGUCUAGGUUCAAUCCCCAACCCGAUGUGUGUAUAAGUUGAAAGUGCAUUGAAUCCACCUAUCCUACCAUUCAGUGUGAGUAACACAGCACACAGUGGCAUGUGAUGGUGGGGCUGUGGGAGCUGCAACUUGCUGCUACAGCCCGGCAUCUCAGAGAGGAUCAUACUGCGUUAUCUCGAACCUGGGAAAAGCUCCAAAGUACAGUUUCUACUGAAUGUGUAUCACUUUUGAAGCAUCAUAAAUGGAACCAGUGUUAAGUCAGGGACUACCUGUACUUUUGAGCUUACAUACAAAUAAUUCAUAGGCUUAGCAGCAGCAGUUCAUUUUCAGAUCCUGUAAUUUAGUUGUGACUGUGGAUUUUAAGAAUGGAGAAUUCAAAGAUAUAUUUUUCUAAUGAAGCAGAGAGACUAAGAAGGUAUACGGUUGAUUUUGG